CUUUUGAACAACGUGGGCAUACAUCAUUACUAACUGGAAAAGUCCAACUUCGUUUAGGGGUUUUUGAAGAUGGUGAUCAAUCUGAAGAUGACAAUAUACAUCUUGAUUUAAAUCAGCGUACUGAUUACAUAAAAAAUCUGAUGGCUGAUCUUCCUCCUGCGCCUACGGGAUUAGUAAUCAAAGAAAAGGAAGACCAUGAAUUGGGUACACCAUUAGCACCAUCCCCUAAUCAACAAGAUACAUAUGAUUCUGUCGAAGGUUUUCGAACAGACUUUCAAAAUGAAAAAGAUGAAGAACCUCAAACAAAAGUUCAAAAUGAAAAUAAUGUUGAACCUCAAAAAAAUAUUCAAAAUGAAAAAAAUGGAAAACUUCAAAAAAACAUUCAAAAUGAAAAAAACGAUCAAAAUGAAAAAAAUGUUGAACCUCCAAAAAAAGUUGUAAAGAAAAAAAAGAAAAUCGUUUUACAAAUGUCUUUGUUUGGUAAAAUCUGGACUGCUCUAGAUAGAAUGACAACACCAAGAACCAGGAAACGUUUUCAGGGUGUGAACUCUCUUACUUUAAAUAGUGAUGAUUCAUCUUCACUUUGUGAUGAUAAACAACUUCAUAUCACUGCCAAUAUUGAAAGUGAACUCAUUGAACUAACAAAAAAUGAUAAAAGCGGUCCGUUUAAAGAUUUACUUGGAAACUUAAAGCUUACAAUAGAAGAGAUGGACGCAUUCGUUAGAGUACUUCGG